UUAUAAGCCAGUAAUACUAGUAUCUUACUGCUUGAAAAAAGUCAUGAGGAUUGAGAAAUUGCUAGCCAGACAGUCAACAAACUUGACCCUGCCAAUGCUAUUUCAUUUUAGAGCACAACAACGUUCAACAUUGAUGCAAUAACUAUCAAUAUAGGUGACGAUAACUGACUGUUUCGUCCAGUGAAAGGACGAGAGAAUCGUGAAAACCCCUCCUCUUUCAAUGCGCAAGUAGUUGUGGUCUACAUUACCCCAACAAGCAUGAAUGGGUGCAUAAUCUGAAAAUACACCAGAAAUAGUAGACCAUUGGCAUACUAUUUCCAGCGUACAAUGGUUUGAGACAUACUAAUCUUCUCGCAUACUAAUCUGGCAUACUAUAUAGAAUGCAAGUACACCAUUUGAGAUUUAGCCUAUAUAAGCAGUGCAUCUAAAGACCAGCCAGUUGCAACCAAAUAUGGCAUGUCCAAUCCUCAACAACCCUGUGGAUGAAGGUGCUAAGAUUCUACAAAGUAUUUACACCACCAGCCCCAAGGGUCUUCAGAGACAGACGUUCUCCACUGGGCUUCACUGAUGAGUGUCUGUGGGAGAGGUACAGGUUCAGUGGGCCCAGCAAAGUAUACCUAUGCAGUCUGCUGGAACCACACAUAAGGAAGAACACUCAACAUAGCCAAGCCUUGACCAUUGUUCAGUCUGUCUGCAUAGCUCUGUUUCUUUGCAUGUGGGACAUUCUUGUACAGUAUUGGUGAUGCAGAAGGUCUUGCGAAGGCAACUGAAUGCCAGGAAAUAAGGGUGUGCCUUACUCUAAAGCAGUACCUAAAUAUGUUCACCGCUUUCCCUGGUCACCUUGAAUCACAAAGGAGGCAUUUUAUUUAGUUGCAGGUAUGUGACAGUGAAAAUAAAUGUAAAGUAACCUACAAGUUGACAAGCCUUUGUAUUAACGUAGUCGACUUUUUCAGGCUUCCCCAAUGUUAUAGGCACAGUAGACUGUAUCUAUGUGCAUGCCAGUCCUCAUCUGGACCUGUGAAGGCAGACUAUGUCAAUCGGAAAUCUUUCCAUAGCCUGAACGUACCGGCAUCUACUGGAGGCAUGUAUCCAGAAACAGUAAGGCAGAAUAGUAGCAAUUGGAUUUGGAUGAAAUGUACACCUGUACAAAUAGAUCAAAUACGUUUUGAUGCCAACACUUUUUGGGGAUUUAAAUCCCGUUACCCUGGCAGUUGUUCACAGAAAUGUCAAUUUCAAUGUCUACCUCACACAAAGUAGUAACUGUACUGUAAAGAGAUAAUGUUUCACUUUAUCUUUUCAGCACAGAUCAAUCAGAAAAAAAUAUGGUUAUUUCCUUUCCUAACUGAGUAUGUCAUAGCACUAACAUGUAGCUGCAGAAGUCCUAUGCCAAACUAGAUUUGAUACCUCACACAAUGUCAGACCCAAAGUUACAAAUAUUAUUCUGGAAUGUGAGAAUAUUGAGAGAAUUCUACAUUUUGAAAGACACCACUGCAUCAACUCUUCUUAGUCAUGCUGAGCAAUUUAAAAUGAAUGCAAUGCCAGGCAAAGUGUGCCACAUCAUUGUUCACCAUUGAUCUGCAAUGGAAGUUGCCUGAUAGAUAAUAGCUGUGGCCACAUUCUUUUUUGGCUAUUCAGUUGGCCUUUGUUGAGAUAUAACCGCUAAGAAUGAAUAUAGGCCAAGGGUUACUGGGUCAAAAAGGCUUCAAGCCUCACCGAAUUAGGGUAAUUAACAGUAAAUGCAUUGUAGUUAUGUCAGUUCACAUAAGUUAAUCUAAUAAUUUUGAUUGAUCAUAAAUCUGAUAUCAUCUAGCCUGAUAAUAUAGCCAAUCUACUUAUCUAGUGAUCUGAAUGUUCAUUUAUUAAAAAAUGUCAAUUUUGUCAGUGUUGCCCUUUUUAGUGAUGACUCCUUUAAAUUCUUCAUUAAGUCCAAUCAGCAGGGUUUGUUCAGUACUUCAGAAGACCACCGCUCUAGUUUUUGCUUCUUUUUUGCGACAUAGUAUCUUCAUUUCGAUGAUCCUUUGAUUUGGGCUGCUUAUAUGCUCUGUGCGAGUGCACAAUGCAAGCUUGUUCAAGCCUGGUUUGAGUUAACGUUGUCAAGACAUGGUUAAAUUGUGUUAAUGGAACGGCUUGAGUCUUAAGUGGAAGUUGGCGUUUAUUCAAGCCGGGCUUUUUCAAUUAAGCGCAGAUUUCAUUAGAGGCAUUGAUGGAAUUACCCCCCUGCAUUCUUGGUAAAUAAACAGUGUAACAGCCAGUCUUUACAAUGCCGAGACUGUGAAAAAUACACACAAAAUGAACCCAAAAUGAAAGGUUUAUAAUCACUUUCUAUGUCCUGUAGUAUUUUUUAAGUGAAACCAAAAGAAAAAACAUUUCCAAACACUUCUUCAUUAAAGUGUAAAAGUAACAGCUGAGAACAGGUGAGGCACAGGUCUUUCUUACCCCAGCCUACUUGUCGGAUUAGUCCAUAGAAAAGGCAAAAAUAAGUUCAAAAAUAAAAUGAGUUGGUCCAAGACUUUCUGAGGACCAGUGGACCUUGUGCAUAAUGUCUUGUUUGUGCCGUACAUUAGACAUCCUUCCUGCUCUGAUCGUACUCACCUGUUUUAUAGAGGACUGGGAGGAAGGUGGUUCCCCCUGUUUUAUAGAGGACUGGGAGGAAGGUGGUUCCCCCUGUUUUAUAGAGGACUGGGAGGAAGGUGGUUCCCCCUGUUUUAUAGAGGACUGGGAGGAAGGUGGUUCCCCCUGUUUUAUAGAGGACUGGGAGGAAGGUGGUUCCCCCUGUUUUAUAGAGGACUGGGAGGAAGGUGGUUCCCCCUGUUUUAUAGAGGACUGGGUGGAAGGUGGUUCCCCCUGUUUUAUAGAGGACUGGGAGGAAGGUGGUUCCCCCUGUUUUAUAGAGGACUGGGAGGAAGGUGGUUCCCCCUGUUUUAUAGAGGACUGGGAGGAAGGUGGUUCCCCCUGUUUUAUAGAGGACUGGGAGGAAGGUGGUUCCCCCUGUUUUAUAGAGGACUGGGAGGAAGGUGGUUCCCCCUGUUUUAUAGAGGACUGGGAGGAAGGUGGUUCCCCCUGUUUUAUAGAGGACUGGGAGGAAGGUGGUUCCCCCUGUUUUAUAGAGGACUGGGAGGAAGGUGGUUCCCCCUGUUUUAUAGAGGACUGGGAGGAAGGUGGUUCCCCCUGUUUUAUAGAGGACUGGGAGGAAGGUGGUUCCCCCUGUUUUAUAGAGGACUGGGAGGAAGGUGGUUCCCCCUGUUUUAUAGAGGACUGGGAGGAAGGUGGUUCCCCCUGUUUUAUAGAGGACUGGGAGGAAGGUGGUUCCCCCUGUUUUAUAGAGGACUGGGAGGAAGGUGGUUCCCCCUGUUUUAUAGAGGACUGGGAGGAAGGUGGUUCCCCCUGUUUUAUAGAGGACUGGGAGGAAGGUGGUUCCCCCUGUUUUAUAGAGGACUGGGAGGAAGGUGGUUCCCCCUGUUUUAUAGAGGACUGGGAGGAAGGUGGUUCCCCCUGUUUUAUAGAGGACUGGGAGGAAGGUGGUUCCCCCUGUUUUAUAGAGGACUGGGAGGAAGGUGGUUCCCCCUUCUAGUUACGUCUCAUUCCCCCGUAAACAGUAACACAUGGCCAUAGGCUUGAUGCUAGCCUUGAUGCUAAUUGAGGAAGAAGUAAAUAAUAUACACCAAGGGGGUGAAUACUUUUGAGAGACACUUUGUGUUACUUGUAAUUUAAGUGUUUUGGUGUAAAGAACUAACAAUAAAACUAGUUGAGUAACAGUCAUAGUUCCUCUCCACCUCUAACCCUUGACUGCUGACCUCU